AUGGCUGUCUCUGAGGAGAGCAUUACAGAGGCAACGAUGUUACUUGUUAUACAGUUGAUUACCUCUUUGUUGACGUUGGCCACUGCGUCUCCUAUAUACAGGAGAGAAACACAUUCGGCGAAAGUGGAGAAACCUGGUUUACUUCAACAGGAACUAGUGUAUGGCCCAGAUUUUAUUGCUGUGGAUGUCGGCAUUGGUUCUAACAACCAAUCGCUUUUACUAAAGUUGGAUUUCAAUACGGCAGACAUUUGGGUCAAUUCUGACCUGAACGACUUUUGUUUGGCCUACUAUUCAAUACCCAAUUUUGUCAAUGGCACUGAAAAUGCAGCUAUGUGGAAUUCUUUUAAUGAGAAUCUGAGAGGCAACUUCACUAAUCAGAUCAAUGAAUUCCAUAACGAAAAGAUCAAUGCUUUGGAAACUAUUGCACCAACGGCUACCUCGAAAUUGAGCAGCCAGCUCAAUAAAAUCCAAACUGAAUUUCAGUCUCUGCUUUCUGAACAACAUGUCUCCGUGACCAAAGAGAUUUCUAACUUCUUGGGUACCGCUUCUCUUCCAACAGAUUCUGUCAUUGAAACGUUCCUCUCGGGAGUUCAUUCUGCUGCAGAAAACCUUGGUAAAGAGAUUACGUCCAAUGCAUACAACUUUGAAAGAGAAGCCACCUCAAUGGGUGAGUUGCUUGGAGUGAAAGUCACUACUGUCAGCGACCAUGUUUUGACGUUGGUCACUGGUCCUGCACAGGACUUUGCUUCUGAAGUUACCAGUAAAGGUGGCGAGUUUGCAACUAAAGUCACCAGUGAAGGCGGCGAGUUUGCAACUAAAGUCACCAGUGAAGGUGGCGAGUUUGCAACUAAAGUCACCAGUGAAGGCGGCGAGUUUGCAACUAAAGUCACCAGUGAAGGUGGCGAGUUUGCAACUAAAGUCACCAGUGAAGGUGGCGAGUUUGCAACUAAAGUCACCAGUGAAGGCGGCGAGUUUGCAACUAAAGUCACCAGUGAAGGUGGCGAGUUUGCAACUAAAGUCACCAGUGAAGGUGGCGAGUUUGCAACCAAAGUCACCAGUGAAUUCGGUGAUGUCACUUCUGAUGUCGUUAGCGGAUGGAACAAGUUCACCACUGACAUCACUAGUAAAGGCGGCGAAUUUGCAACUAAAGUCACUUCAGGGUACGGUGAUGUUACAUCCAAUGUCGUUAGUGGAUGGGAUAAAUUUACCUCUAACUUUGUUGGGAUUUUCAAAAAAGCUUCCCCAACGACAAGAUCUUCUGUUGCUCACACCUCCACUUAUAACUUCAUUCCACAAGAAACUCAAAUUUCAAAUGGUAGCGUUAUAUUUGAUAACAGCACUAUUGGAAUCGAUGACUUUUUGUACCAGGUAUCACAUGACUGCUCCUUAUUUGGUGUCUUCAAUGAUUCGUCCUCUAACUCAUUCCAAUCGAGUUCGGAGAUCUUCUUUUCUAAUGACAGUUACGGUGCUUUCGGGCACUUGGGCAAUGAUACUAUUCACAUGGGUGGUGUGUCUGUCGACAAUGUAACUUUUGGAGUUGCAGACUCGUCUCUUUCGAACAUUGGUAUCGUUGGUGUCGGUAAGUCAAACAGAAAUUCCUCUUUCAAGUCCUUCCCUGAGAUUCUUGUUGACAGAGGUAUUAUAAACAAGGCGUUAUACUCUAUCGAUUUCAAUUACCAUGCGCCCUCCAUAUUAUUUGGAGCCAUCGAUUACGCUAAAUUUGGUGGAAAUAUUACGCUGCUUCCUCUACUUAACGAAACAGAGGGUGCAAUCGCUGUCACAUUGUCAGGACUCGGUAUUACAUCAUUUGACAAUGAGACUGCUGAGUUUGUACAGGGUAAAGCACCAGCGAUUCUUGAUCCAACUUCUAACUCGGUGCUUUUCCCUAGGGAGGUUUUGAGUUCAUUUGUGUCUUCUCUAAACAAAACCUUUGAUGUUAGCUAUAACUCUAGCUUCGGUAGAUAUGUUUUGCACCGUGAUGAUGACGUCUAUAUUGACGACUACGCUCUCAACUUCGAUUUCCAAGGAUAUAACUUCAGUGUUGAUUUAGACAACUUUGUCAUUCCAGUCUUGGAAGACGAGACUAUCUUUAUCAAUGGUUCGACUCUUUCAAAUGGAGCUAGUGCCAACUCUUCCUUUUAUUUUUCCAAGUUUGAUGAACCAUAUCCUGUUGAUGACAUUCCUGUUCAUGUAAAUAAUGCCUCCUUCAUUGACGAGAAAACUUUCAUUUUGAACAUUAUAGAAUCGGAUGAUGGCUCUGUAGUGUUAGGCUUAGACUUAUUAGAUUCUACAGUUCUUGUUAUUGAUUUGGAGUCAUUGCAAGUUGGUUUCACCAGAAGUCACUCCUCAGAUUCCCAGAUUGUUGUCAUUGAAAAUAAAAUUCCUUUUUCAAGCAAAGCUCCGAAAUAUUCUGACUAUUAUGGAUCAAACAACGUCACCUCUUUAACAGCUGUUCAUGUUUAA